UUCUCAGUUGACCUCCAGGUAAUUUUUUUAAUAUAUAUAGGAUAUUCAAAGUGUGGUCAUGAAGAUCAACCUUUUGCACUUCUUUGAUCAAAAAGCCUCUCCUAUAGAAGCUUAAUUAUACUCUCUUUAUUUUCCUCUUCACCUUCCAAUUAUUUCUUGUGAUUUUCUCACUCUUUCUCUCCUUUUGUUGUUUGGUCUGCAAGAAAAUAACAGUUUUAGCUAGGGAGUACUCCAAUUAGAUCACAUGAGGCACUAAUUAAGAAAAUCGUCAAAUUCCUUAAGUUUCCUUAGCUAUAGGUCCUUUUUCAUAACCCAAAAAAGAGAGAAAAAACAAAAAGAAAGUUAUGGAAAUUUCAAGUAGUCAUCAACAAGCUGAAGCUGGAGAGAUGCCAAUCCCCAUAAACAGUGCACCAUAUGGUGAUCAUGGUAGUACUACUGCUCAUCACAUGAUCCAUCAUCACCAUCAUGAUCAUCAACCCCACAACCACAUGAUUAAAAACAAUCCUUCCUCAUCAGCAUCAGCAUUAGUAGUCCCCCAAGCAAACAUCCCCAGCUCAAACAAUAACAACAUUAAUGGUGGCAGUACUAAUCCCCUACUUCCCACCACCACCAACACUACCCUACAAGAUCAUGAUCAUCAUCAAUAUCAUCACGUGGGGCCCUCCAAGAAGCAGGUGGUGAUCAUAAGGUACAGGGAGUGUUUGAAGAACCAUGCAGCCUCCAUGGGAGCCAAUGCCACAGAUGGGUGUGGGGAGUUCAUGCCAAGUGGAGAAGAAGGCACCAUUGAAGCCCUCAAGUGCUCAGCCUGCAAUUGCCACAGAAACUUCCACAGGAAAGAAAUUGACGGUAGUGAUCAUGAUCAUCAUGAUCAAUAUCAUCAUCAUCAUCAGUACAUGAUGAGAUCAAGAAACAAGUUCAUCUUGGGUUCACCAGGAGGACAAUAUCACAACCCUACAAUGGCGGCCCGGGCGCAACUGCACCAUCAACACCACAUGAUCAUGUCAUACAACAACGUGAUGGGGUCCCACCACCAGCAGCUCCCUAGUUCAGAUCAGUCUGAUGAUCAGCGGGAAGAUCAUGAUCAUCAUGCUGGUGUAGGUGGGGUAGGGAUUUUAAGGCCUACCCCACAAGGGGUGAUGAAGAAGAGGAUCAGGACAAAGUUCACACAAGAACAGAAGGAGAAAAUGCUAAACUUUGCUGAGAAAGUUGGGUGGAAGAUUCAGAAGCAAGAAGAGUCUGUUGUUCAACAGUUCUGCCAAGAGAUUGGAGUCAAAAGGAGAGUUCUCAAGGUUUGGAUGCACAACAACAAGCACAAUCUAGCCAAAAAAAUUAUUAUUCUCCCAUCUUCUAAUUAAUUAAUUAAUAUUUA